UCACGUCAGUCCUGACUGGAGCGAGCUACUACAGUUGAGAGGGAGAUGGCGCCCAGCUCGAAAUCAGAAAAGGACGCUAGCAAACAGAAAUCUCAAAGAAAACACAAAGACCAUGUCGUGAAGCUUCUCAUGCGUGGGAAGCUGUCAGGACAUUUUUCUCAGCGUCUCUUUAGGAAGCUGCCACCUCGAGUGUGUGUCCCGCUGAAGAACAUCGUCAGUGAGGAGUUCCUGAGAGCAGGGCAUGUGUUUCUGGGUUUUACCAAAUGCGGUCGCUACGUUCUGUCCUACACCAGCGACUGUGGAGAAGACGACGACUUCUCUUUCUAUACCUACCAUCUCUAUUGGUGGGAGUUUAACCUGCACAGUAGACUCAAACAGGUCCAUCAUGUACGUCUGUUUGCAGGAGAGGAGAUCUACAGCGACCUCUACCUGACCGUGUGUGAGUGGCCAAAUGACCACUCCAAAAUCGUUAUCUUUGGCUUCAAUACACGCAGUUCAAGCUCCGUGCUGAUGAACUUAAUGAUGAGUGAUGAAAACAACAGAGACAUCUACAUCACUAUUGCCUCCAUGCCUCCACCUAAACCUUGCUCUUACUGCUGCCCUGUUCCCUCAGCCACUACCAUACGCACAGGAAGUGGUGAGUGUCUGGAGCAUGGCUAUGUGCUCAACAGCAGGUACCAGGUGGUGUACCCGUUCCCCACCUUCCAGCCAGCUUUCCAGCUAAAAAAGGACCAGGUCAUCCUGUUGAACACUAGCUACUCUCUGGUGGCCUGCGGCAUCUCACUCUGCCCAGGUAAGCAGGGCCAGUCAUCACAGAUUCUUUACACAAAGAGAGCGUCUCUGUCAAGUCAAGGCUCUACAUUUUCUUCCUCCACAUCCUCGGCCUCUUCUUCCUCACUACCUCAGGGAUCUCCCGAAAGCCGACCGCCACCUAGCAGACCCACUUCGAUUCCCUCAUCUCCGAGCCAGUCGCAAGCAGCCGUUCGAGCGCGAGAGUUUGCAGCUGACCUCUUCAGGAGGGCCCAGGGAGGAGGAGGGGGGAAAGAGGACGAAGACCAGGCUGAGAGAAGACCAUCUGAUGGGACGAAGGAGGCAGCGCAGUUACCAGGAGACAAAGGGAUUACUGAAGAGACAAAGAGGGAGGAGGCAGAUUGUAAAAAGAGGAGGGAGGAAGAGGAAAGACGGACUAUUUUACCACAAGCGUCAACAUCAAGAGGGAGCCACAGUGUGCCACAGGCCUCUGAACAAGGGAUGUCUCCUGCCUCCUCUUCCUCAUGCUCUUCCUCCCCCCCAUCCUCAUCCCAGGAGUUUGGCCCCAGCGAGCCUGGAUAUGUCAACUAUUCACUCCUGCAGUACCGCCUCCAACAGCCGGGGGCAGCGGAGCAGCCUGCGGGAGGUGCAGGAGGUUAUGAAGACGAUAAAGUUCAGCUGCCUUUCACAGUCACUGACCUGAAGGGACGGAACCUGCAGCUGGUCACCGGGCCACACAAUGGACAGAGUGUGUGCGUGGAGCAGCUGACUUUAGACUUUGAGUAUCUCAUCAAUGAGGUGAUCAGGAGCGAUGCUGCCUGGGCCCCUCAGUUCUGCUCGUUCAGCGACUACGAUGUUGUGAUAUUAGAGGUGUGUCCUGAAACCAACACUGUGAUGAUCAACAUUGGUCUGCUGUUACUGGCCUUCUCCAACGUGGACGAGGAGCACUGCAGGCCAAACACGUAUCAUUCCAACCUGCAGGUCAGCUGGGACCUCAACACAGGUGUGUGUUGCACCGUGGGUGUAGGUGACCUGACUGAGGUCAAGGGUCAGACCAGUGGGAGUGUGUGGAGUUCUUACAGGAAGUCGUGUGUGAACACGGUGAUGAAGUGGUUGGUUCCCGAGAGCAGCUCCCGCUACAUCAAUCGCAUGACCAACGAAGCUCUACACAAAGGCUCGUCCCUGCAAGUGUUGGCAGACAGUGACCGAUGUACCUGGAUUGUAUUAUGAAGAAAGAAGAAGCAACGGAAACAGCCGAGCACACAGAGAUGCAUACGUCCACAGACAGCGCUUUAGUAACAUGUAAAUCUGUGUCAAAUAGAAAACAAACAAAAAUCGCUCCAAUGCUGAAGAGAUGCAUUUUUUUUUGGGUGAACUUUGUUCAAUUUCACAGGUUUCAUCUUUUUUGGUUUAUUGUGUACUGUAUUAUUGCAUCCACCAAGAGCUGGACUGAAUGAGGAUUUAGUUUAUAGUUUUUAUACAUAAAGGCAAACUGCUAUUGGAGUGAGGGUGUGUCUGUAACUGAACGAAUGCAAUAUCUGUACCUGUGUAAGACUAUUGUUUUCUUUUUGUAAAAAUAAAAUGUUAAGAGUUA